AUGUCCGCAGACUUAUUAGCAGAGUUCGGCCAGGGUUCUGGUUCUGCCCAAAGCUCCGAACACCCAAUUCGGACAGCACAACCACCUACAAACUCCCUGAUCGACGGAUUCAACCAAUCAGAUGAUAUAUUCUUUGGCGAUGCCUCCAAGACCUCGCAAAGGUAUCAGCAAGGUCCUCAGAUAAACUCACAACAAAGUCAAUAUGCGCCUACGGCCGCAGCUCCCCGCCAACCUGCUGCCUAUCAGGCAUUUGAUCUACCCCGGCCGCAUCACAGUGAUGUGCUCUUCGACGCCACAGAGGACACGCCAACCAGCGAGGGUGAUGAUGAUGACUGGGGUGAAUUUGAAGGACCGGAAGCCUCUCAACAGAGUCAGUCCCAGCAAUCAACGGCCAUGGCAUCAUAUGCGCGCACAUCGGCGCCAGCACCACCGGCCCAAGCUUCCCGAGAUAUCGGACUCAAUCAAACGGUCGACUUGCUUGGAGGACUUUCAAUGGAUGAAAAUACCUCAGUUCCCCACCAACAAUCUCAACAUCCAACUGGGAAUCCUCCGUCUCAACCAGGAUGGGAUGACGACUCGUUCGGAGACUGGGGUGAGUUCACUGAAGCUCAAUCCGCAAAACCACUUCCACCAAAGCCUCUCCGGCAGCCAAUCCAAAGAAACACACCAGGAAACUCAUUGCUCGAGGAUGAUUCCUUUGGAGACUGGGGCGACUUUACAGAUGGGCCAUCCACCAACCUACCACCAAAGGCCUCCUCUGCCAAGAAGCAGACAUCCGCCGUCCCCGCCAAGGCCAGUAUAUCAACCAAGGCUACAUCCACUAUAAAACCAAAAGCCCCUACUCAAACCAAGCCUCUCGCCAAAUCCAAACCUCAACAACCAACCUGGGAAGACGACACCUUCGAAAACUGGGGCGACUUCGACGAUGGCCCAGCACCUUCAAACCCCCAGCCAACCUUAUCAACACGACCAACCCCAUCACCAUCCACAACAAAAACAACCCCCUCCCCACAAAGUUUCACCACAAACACACCAACCACACCUCCAACAGUCCGACCAACCAACAUCCCACCCCCCUCCAUCCUCCUCGAACACCUCCUAACCCAACUAACAACCCUCCAAAAAACCGCCCAAACAGCCCAACCCCUACCCACCGAUCAAAAGCUCCCAACAGCCACAAAAAUCCAAAACACCCUACACACAACAGCCCGCAUAAUCGCCGGCCGCACCCACCGCUGGAAACGCGACACCCUCCUCGCCCAAAGCAUGCGCAUAGGACCCGCCCGCGCCGGCAAAACGGGCGGCAUGAAACUCAGCGCGGUGAAUAAACACGAAGACGUGAAAGAAGCGCAAGACGCCGUCGACGUGCUAGCGCUAUGGCGCGAGCGCGCGUCGCUGUUUAACUCUAUCGUUCAGGCUGUGGGGAAGAAACCUAUUCCUGUUGUGGCCGGCCCGGCGGCGUUGAGGGUUGUUACUGUUAAGGCGGAGCAGGGGGGAUUAAGGCUGGUCAUGCUUGUGCGCUUUGUGCGUUGA